AACAAGUAACUUAGAACUGUCUGUCACAUCACUCCUCCCCGAGUUAUUGUGCAUUUCUAUUCUUCCCUGGAAACCUACACAACCUUUCCUCUGGUCACACUGAAGGGUGUAAAUGUCAGCAGCGCUGUCAGCUCUUACAGACCUAGUCUGUGCUACAGGCAUCAUGCCUUGCAGACCAAAGCAGCCUUAACAAGCAUACCAAUGUAGCAGGAUUAAGAAAUGUUUGAGGACCUUCUGUUGAACCCUCACUGCUAUUUUUCGUGAGGGAAAAGCUUCAAGUAAUCUGAGUUGGACUACAUCUGAGGAGCCAUGGAUAGGAUCCUUAAGGUCAUCAGCCAAUUAUUUACUCUUCUACUAAUUUGUUCCAUCUACAGAGGUCAUUGCCAAAAUUCAGCCUCCUUAAUGGUGAGGUUCCGAGUUCAAGAAGAAGUACCCGUUGGUACACUGAUUGGUCACAUAUCUGAUGUACCUGGCUGGACAGAGGAUGCAAAUGAGGAAUAUCAGCUCAUAAAGGAGUCCAACUUAUUUCCAGUUCAAGUGGGUUCAAGAAAUGGAUCUAUAACAACUACAGGACGUCUGGACAGAGAGAAGCUAUGUCAGAUUCAUGGACAUUGCAUCUUGUCUUUUAAUGUCCUGCCAACCAAGGCCUUAUCCUUAGUGCAUGUGGAAAUAGAGGUUCUGGACAUCAAUGACAAUGAACCAAUGUUUCCAAAACUUGAAGUGGAAAUAGAGAUUUCAGAGAGUGCUUCUCUACGCACAAGGAUCCCUCUUGAUAGAGCUUGGGAUCCUGAUAGUGGCAGCAAUGGAGUAAAGGUAUAUACCCUUUCUCCCAAUGAGCACUUCACUUUGGAUAUUAUCUCUGGUUCUGAUGGUGUCAAACAUCCAGAACUAGUUGUGGUAAAGGAACUGGAUAGAGAAUUGCAAUCUUCUUUCCAUCUAGUUUUAACAGCAUUAGAUGGUGGAAUUCCACAAAAAUCAAGUACCACCCAGGUUAAGAUUAAUGUCUUGGACUCUAAUGAUAAUAGCCCCACAUUUGGAGAAAGUUCUGUUGUUCUAGAAGUCUCAGAAGACACUUCACCAGGUACACUUCUUAUAAAUCUGACGGCCACUGACCCAGAUCAAGGUCCAAAUGGAGAAAUAGAAUUUUCAUUUAGUAAACACACUCCACACCAUGUCCUCAGCAUGUUCAGCCUUGACCCAAAAUUGGGUGGGAUCACUCUGAGACAGUCACUUGACCAUGAAGAUAGGCGCUCUUAUGAGUUGGAUGUGCAAGCAAAGGAUUUAGGUCCUAAUCCUAUCCCUACUCACUGCAAGGUAGUCAUUAAGGUUCUAGACAUUAAUGACAAUGCACCUGAUAUCAAAGUCACCUGGGCUUCUCAAGAUUCUCCAGAGAUUGUGGUUUCUGAGGCUGUUCCACUGGGCAGUUUUGUAGCUCUAGUUAUGGCCAAUGAUCCUGAUUCAGGGACAAAUGGGCAGGUACACUGUCAUUUAAUUCAAGACCAUGGGCAUUUUAGGUUAGAGAAAUCUAAUGGCAAUAGCUACAUUUUGAUAACCAAUGCCAUACUAGACAGGGAGAAGUUGGAGCAAUAUGACUUAACCAUCCAAGCUAAAGAUCAAGGUGAGCCCUCUUUCUCAGCUGAAAAAUCCUUGAAAAUUCGUGUUAGUGAUGCAAAUGACAAUCCUCCCAUUUUUGAAAAGCUAAACUAUGAUGUCUCUCUAUUAGAAAACAGUGGUCCUCUUACUCAUCUCCUUACUGUAAAUGCUCAAGAUGUUGAUCUAGGAGACAAUGCUGAAGUCACAUAUAGAAUUAUUGAAUCUGUCAUCUCAGGAACACCAAUAUCAACAUUUGUAUCCAUCCACGCUAGGACUGGUGAGAUUGUUAUACUUAAGGCUGUAGAUUAUGAGGAAAUUAAAGAAAUUACAUUUUUGGUCCAAGCAGAAGACAAUGGUGUUCCCAGGCUUAGUAGCAAUACUACAGUAAAGGUACUUGUGAUGGACCAAAAUGAUAACAGCCCAUUAAUUGUGCAACCACAACUUAAGAGAGGUUGUGCAAGUAUUACUGUCCUAGUGAAUGCAGAGACUGGUUACUUUCUCUCUACCAUGGAAGUUGCCCAUUCAGAAGCCUUUGGAUAUACAUCAGAUGAGAUAUUAUCAGAGACUGCAAAACUUAACAAACACCCAAUAUUUCAAAUGGUAGCGACUGACGCAGACUCGGGGGACAAUGCCAAACUUCUUUACCACUUGACAGAUGACCACCUGGGUUUAUUUGCUAUGGAUGAACAUCUGGGGCAUAUAUACAUAACUGCUAGCAAUGCCAGCUAUCUUAUUGGUACUACACUAGACUUGAAGGUCACUGUUAUAGAUGGUGGAAUACCUCCUCGGGAAACAAAGGCUCUUCUUCAAGUAAUGUUCAGUAGCCAUUUGGACCACCUGAGAAAUUCAGCAAGUGAAACCAAUGGAAAGCUUAGCUUGUCCAUGGUAAUUGUUAUCUGUCUGGCUGUUCUCCUGGCUCUAUGUCUCUUAAUUUUGGCACUUAUUAUGUCCUUUUGUCGAGUGGAUAGAAAGGACAACAGAGCUUAUAACUGUAGGGAGGAGGAAUCAUCUUACAGAAAGCAGCCUAAGAGGCCUCAAAGGCAAAUCCAAAAGGCAGAUAUCCAUGUGGUCCCUGUACUUAGAGGUCGGCAGCAACACCCGGCAACACCAGUUGAAGAGGCCAAGCCAUUUUCUGUGCUAGAAGAAGGCCAAGACACAUUAGAGGACACAUCUCUCCAUACUCCUUUCCAUCUAACACCGACUCUUUAUCGCACACUAAGGAACCAGCGUAAUCAUGAAGCCCUUCUUAAUGAUAUUUCAGAUUUAGAGCAACCUUUUUCUCUACCCCCCUCUGUUUGCCGAACUUUGCAGUACCAGAGACAGAGAAGCUGCUCAAGAGAAAAUCUCCAAGACCCCUAUGGAACUCUUCCUGUCAGUAAUAAAACAUUAAAGAAUUUUGGAAGCCCUCAAAUAAGAGUCCCAGACGAUAUCACCAAUUCAUCUGAACCCAUAAUUUACAAUGGGGGAGACUUCUCACCAGCCACUUCCCCAACAUUGAGACGUCAAAAGAAUGUAGAGCAGUCUUCCAAGGAGCAGAUCCUCAGAAGUCUGGUGCGUUUAUCCAUGGUAGCACUGGCGGAGAAGGAAGCGGUGGAACUCACCAUGCAGUCACCACACAUACAGCAAAUUUCACAGCUUCUGUCUCUGCUUCACCAAGGACAAGUACAUCCUAAGACACUACAUAGAGGAAACAAGUACUCGUCUAAGGCUGGCAGAUCUGCUGGGCAGGACGUGGACUGGCAGAGCACAAAGGACAGCGGGCAUGGUGAGAGUGAGGCAGGGGAUCUGGACUCGGAGUCAGGAGGUGAUCUCAGUGCCGGCCACCAGCUACUGGAGGACAAUCUGGAGUCUAUCCUGGGACCCUGUUUGGGUACAGAGACCAACCGCUUUAGUGAUCUAGACCCGGGAUGGAUAGCACGCCUCUCCUUGCCUUUAGCCAACAGCUACAAAGAGAACAUCUUUAUGCCAAACACACAAAUCGCACAGGAGCCCCCAAUAAAAGCUGCGGAGAAGGACGAUCUUAGAACCUUCCUAACUUUUGGCAAGGCUUCUGACGGCUCUCCAGAGAACAGACUGGCCAGCACCUUCCUUUCCGAAAUGAGUUCUCUCUUUGAGAUGCUGCUGACCCAGAAAGCAGAAUCUCAUGGGAAUACAGCUUCUGAGGUCCUGAUGAGGCUUUCCGCUUGCAGCAAGACUUUGGGAAUGGAUAGUAAUAAAAGUGAUGGCACCAGGAACUAGCCAGGUGACUGGAACGGAGCGUCAACAAAGACAACUGGCCAAGCAGCCCCAGUGUUGAUCAUCCAUUAUCUUGUGUGUAAAUAGGAGAGUUAUAAACAUUUAUGUUAUGGAAUGAGGAGAUGCGGAGAGGGAGAGAUAUGAGGGGGGUAGGACGCUACAGCGUCGUCUCAAAGCCAUUAUGCAAUGGGAUCCAACAAUAGUUACAAGGGCAUGUAAGAUCAUGUGAUUCAGCUAUUGAAUUUAGAUCAUUAGUAAUUUUUGGUGCAUGUUCUUUAGGAGUUACUGGUAACUGAGAACUUUUCAUUAUGCAAAUGACAAUAGAACUUAGUGAUGAUUUUUCUUUUGGUGCUAAUUGUGCACAACCAGUUUGCACUACCUACAAAUUUAUGUAUUUUCUUCAUUCUGUAUAUAAUGAGACUAGGGGGCAGAUUUACUACCCCAUAUAAUAGGUGGCUUUGACCAAUGGAUUUAAAGCGGCAACAGAAGUAAAUGCUAAACCAGGCUGGCCCGAUCAUUGGCGCCUUUGACGAACGGACGUUUAGUAAAUAUAACCCUAAAGGAGCCCACACACUAGAACGCCUUGCAAAAGAUGCGAGUCCUUAAUGACUCACGAUAUAGGGCUUAAUUCAGACCUGAUCGCUGCUGUGCGUUUUCUAUAGGCAACUAUUCCACUUGUCCCCUUUAGAAGGUCUUGUUUAUCUCUCCCAGUUUACUAUAUGAUUUUACUUAUUAUAUAUUCACAUAAACAAGCUUCCUACAUAACUGCAGCUGUUCUCAGUGGAUGGUUAUCACCAUGGUGCCAUUUGUGUGCUUAAUUAUUAUCCACAAGAAUGCAGAGGAUUUUCUAUGACAUAUCUAAGGGCAGCAUGCUUGGUAGUUUUCUGUUAGACAUGUCCUACAUGUAUAGGCUGUAGGAGACAUUUACCCCAAGGAGCACUUGGGAACAUUGGGUUCAGCAUGAAUGACCGGUGGCUGGGAUGUUGGCCGUCAGUAAACCGAUAGCGGCAUCCCGGCCACCAGUAUGCCGGCAGCGGGGUGAGCGAUAGAAAGCCCCUUUCGUGCUUACCACGCUGCGAGCACGGUGGCUCGCUGUGCUCGCCACACGUUAUAUUCACCCGUAUUCCGGCAGGGGCAUUUCACCGCUAGUCGUGUUUCCGGCAUUGGCGUUGUGACCGCUGGGAUCCUGACUAGUGGUAUUUUAACCGCUUCCCUUCACAUUUAGCCCUUCAGCUUGUAGGUAAUGGUGACUCUUCUAAGAAACAAACAAGUGAAUAAGGAUCUUUGACAAUAUACAAAUGUAUUUUCUAAAUCAACUUAAACAUUGCGUACCAGUAAAAAUGUAAGCUUAAAAUCAAUAUAAAGUUCUUAAAAACAAAAUGAGGAAGUUUAUGUGACGCUGCAUGCAGUAAAGAAAACUAGAGUCCAUAAUCCCGCAAUGUUCGCCAAUAUCUGUCUAAAUUAAUCUGCAGGUUUUCUGCCAAAUUGGGUCAACAUUGUGGUCCCACCAACCACUGGGCGACGUCCAAGACCACUAUUGUGCAGCAGGUGGCGGGGCAUGAGGACACGGAUCAUGGUGCCACGCCCUGUGUGCUUGUCACGGAGGACUCUGGGGGAUCAGGCUUGCCAUGGAAAAAUAACCACAGCCCACACCAAAACGGCACAGCCACAUCAACCUCGGCAUGCAUAGCAUUAUGCAAAUACCAAAAAAUGGGGUGUAGCCAUACCCCCGUUCCCCAAUACAAGGGCUUACCGGAUCUCUCAGCAGCCCAGUCAACUGGUCUGUACAAUCUAGACUUUAGCGUAACAUCUGUUCUAUUGCCAAUAAUCGUGGGUGAUUAGAUUACUCUUCAGUCUCUCAUUACCUUAUAUAUUAUUACAUAUGUCCUUAUAUGACAUAAGAAAUCAUUCUGCUCUCUAGCACUUUCGGAACUCCUGAUAACCAGAUCAUGACAAGGGUUAGCUGUCUGCUAUAUAGUCCUGUUGUAUAAUAUUAUAACGUCCAGAAUUCAUCAUUCCAGAAUGGUCGGCUUGCUGGGUUGAAAAACUAUGUUUAAGUUGUAAGAUACCUCUUUAUUUAUGUUAUUUAUCAUUUUAUAAGUGUUUCUGCUAUUUUGUUUGCACUUUUUACUGUGUUGUCUAAAGUGUUCCAUUAAAUAAAUACUAUAAAACUA